GUUGUUGGUGUUGAAUGAACAGUCGAGCACAUUUCAUUAUGCGCCGAGGUCCGAGGUCGCCGACGCCUCCUCCGAACCGGCACUGCGCGGAUGGUCUCGAGCGCGGCCGCUCCACGGGCCCGACUCUGGCUGGUGACGUCUUCCGCACCCCGCCACGUCGGGCGACACGGGCGAUCCGUCCCAGGAGGCUGCAGCUCAGCCCUGAGCGUUCGCAGCUGGUGGAGGAGGGUGCCCUCCCGCCCAGGGGGGGGGGCAUGAUAAAGAUGGACAUGACAUCCAGGAAAAACAAAUAAUACCAGAAACACAAGAAGGACUUGAAGGCCACGGGGGUGGGGAACGGCAGAUUCUGCGCAGCGGCCAGCGCUGCCCAGCCACAAGCUCGAGGAACACUUCCAACUCGGCGACAGCGACGGGGAGGAGGACGGGCCCGUUGUUCCGGCUGAGGAAUGGCACGCCUUGGAGGCCUGGUUGUUCGACAUGCUGGAGCCGCUGGGGGUGGUGAGCGCGUUGAUGCCCUUUUCGGGAUGCCCCCCAGUGGCCUCCGAGCGCACGGCGGAUGCUGGCGACGUGCAGUGGCGUUUCGUCCAGAACGACACGCCGCAGUGCAUCCAGAAGCGCCUGCAGGACGACAUUCGCGAGGUCGACGGGCCGCAUAACAUUCGCUCGCUUUCCAGUGUGUUUGGCUUUAACGCGCUCACCUCGGACCCCGACCUGGAGGCCAAGGUGGUCAACGGUGAUCGAGCAGAGCGGCGGCGGCCCCACCAAGAACGAGAAUGAUGCCAGCAUCCUACAAAACCUGCUGGGCUACUGCAUCACGAACGACGCGCAGCAGACCACGGAGCAGGUCCUCGAGGCAGUGCCGGCCACGCUGGUGGUCGAGCAGAGCGGUGGCGUGACCAAGAACGAGGAUGACUACGACACGAAGCCGUGCGACCCUGUGGUCAUGCAAGGCGACCUCCAGGACAACGCGCCGCAGACGCCGCAAACCAAUCAGAUCAAGCAGAGCAGGACUCACACGGCGGCGUCCUCACUCCAGAGCCCUGCCGCCAGGUUUCUUCGAUGGUGAAUUUCAGCAUGGCGACCUCGGGGCCCAGGCCUCUAUCCAGCUGGCAACAGCUGAGCAGCUUAGAGUACAUCAGGCUCCUGCGGAAUAUCAAGCAAUUGCAUAACGAAUGCAUGCCAGUCGAUACAAUUGUUGCCCGCUUCGACCACGCAGUUGAGCGUUUGCAGCGACGAGGAUCGGAACGCCAGGGCCGAGUUCUCAUUCGCCGGGGCGUCGCCCACGCGAUGGCCGCAGCGGCCAUGCGCCGCGGGGGCAUCGGUUGGCUCGGCGGGUGUCCGUCGGCGCUGCCCCCCAGGGCGACCUGCCCUUCCGCCGAGGCGGAGACGCCGUCCUCGCGCUGGGCGGGGCCGUUUUGCCCGCAGAGUGUUUUUCCAAGUUGACCACGUUCCAGUUUCUUCAUGGCGUGCGCUUCGUUUCCCCGCCGCUUCACCGUCUUCGCCAGUAUUCCGUCCUCUGCCUAGGGGCAUCGCGUUCGUCUUUGCCAUCACCUUGAUACUUUGGUGGAGUGGCUACUACUACUA